GCCGAACUUGAAACGCGCGGCUUCGUGUUCUUCGUCUCGUCACAGAUCAAUUACGAUUGUUCUCGCGCCAAAACACUCGACACACCUACACGUCUCUACUCUUUCGCUGUCCGGCGCAUCCAGUAGAUCGAUCUGUCGUCUAUGAUUCGCGUGACCGUUUGAUCAAUUUCUCGAAUCCUGCGUCUUAUCAUUUUCGUUGCAGAACGUCUAAUUUUCGCGUGCCUGCCACCACUCGAAUCGAUCGUUUGUUUCCCAUCCGUUGCCACCGAUUUGUGUUUCCGAUCUGCGAUAAGUACGUAGUUGCAAAGUUCCUGUGCGCCACGCCAACGCGUGAACUUUGACAACGUGAUUAUGUGUGAAUCUCGGAAUCCACUUGAAGAUCCUUAGCGGUAAUUUUUAUAUCCUUGGAGUCAAAUACAAGAGGUAGCCGGUUACGUGUUCGGAAAAUUGUUAAGACGAUGGAUGCAUAAAAGUUUCACGGUGGAACACGCUGCGACAGACGAAAGACACUGGCUGGAACACAGGCGAAGAAUGACGUUUGUUCGAGGCACGGCUCACGAUUUCGUCGAGCGAUAAGUGACGAACUCGUCGAUGAACGCACGAUGUACACCUGAAUCGAAACUAUGAUGGACGAGUUUCGAAUUAUCCUGCUGUUGCUAGUGUCGUCGCGCUACUUCCUACAUCCAAUCGAUGGUGCUAUCGGGAGUGAGAAGUCGGCCAACGAAGAUGAAAGGAAUAACAUCCUUUCUUCGGUAGCUGUAUCUGUCAAGGAUGUCCUGGCACAGACCGGCGGUAACGCUAUGCUACCCUGUAGAUUCACUGGUCCCGGAAUAGUGACUUGGAUCAGGCGAAAAGACCGACAACUAUUGACGCUGGGUACAGGAACUCAUGUCAUCGAUACGCGAUUCAUGGUUGUGUCAAACACUCCAGACUGGACUUUGCUGAUUAAAAACGUUAAACGCGAAGACGCUGGACUUUACGAGUGCCAGAUUCAAACGGAACCGGUUCAACAACGAUUCAUUCGUCUAAGCAUCACCGAAGCGUACUCCAUGAUUCCCGGAGGACCGGAUCUUCACGUCAAACAAGGAUCUAGUCUUCGAUUGGAAUGUCAACUAAUAGCAUCGACUGAGGCACCAAGUUUCAUCUUUUGGUAUCGCGAGGGUCGUAUGAUCAAUUAUGACGAUGAACCAGGGGUGAAAGUUGAGGCUACAAAAAAUGGUUCGAUUCUCGUGGUUGACAAAGUGAAACUUUCUCACGGUGCUAAUUAUACUUGUUCACCCAGUAAUGCCAAGCCAGCAUAUAUCAUGAUACACGUAAUCGAAGAAGAGGAAAAACCAGCAGCUAUGCACGGCGGUGAUCGGCGAAAUGCUACGUCGAGAGCGUCCAUCAACGUCAUGUUGAUUUUUCUGACUUUCCUCGGUAUACGCAUCUCGAAUCAACUUCGUCUGCGGCGUACCUGCGUCACGUGACCAGCCCACUGUGUCAACUUUGUCACCGAAUUGAUGCCUGCCGCAAAAUUCCAAAUAAUUUUGAUUCCAUUUCCUUUUGCUUUACAGUGUUACUUGCGCUCCAGCGACUGGCAUUUAAUGUUAUCGGUAAUUUGCUGAACAUCUUUGCUUGUUAAUUUAAUCCGAAACUCCUCAGGUCUGAUCUCUUCUUCCUAAAGUCUUCGCUUGAAAUAACAAUAACAGUAACACUUGAUGUCGCACAUUCAUUGUGAAAUUUUCAUACAAUUUCAGGAAGCAAUUUGAUUAAUUUACGAGAUAUCACAAUAUGCCGGAAGUUAAAUUUUCAAAAUUCGAUAUUUUGGAAGCUUCGUUCCAUUAGAUGUUGAACAUUAAAAUACGCAACAUAUCUGCAACACUAGGUACAAAGUUGAACAAUUUUCCUGAAAUAUGCAGUGAGACAUAAACUCAAGCAAUAUCAAAUCAAGUAUUCCAUUUAUGUUAAUUAUAUCGUUCAAUUAUAUUUAUCGUCGUAAUCGUAUGCAAAGGUUAUGAUGACUUUUUACUUCGAUGCAGUCACCUGAAACUGUAUCAAGUCGAAAAAAAUAACUAUCUUGUUACAUUUAAUUAAACACUGAUGAACGAGUCACGCCAGAUAUUUCAGUAACAGGAGGAAAAAGGACGCGAAACAUUUUAUCGAUAUGAAACAUUUUCUCGCAUUCAACACUCGCUUUCAUUCUCUUGUAAGUCGUGUAUUUCCUCGUGCAUUUUAUAAAAAUGCUGGAAACUGUUUCGCAAAUAAUCGUCGGAAAGGUUCAAUCGUAGAAAAAUCAAUUUCAUGUAACAACGGCGCGUUAACAAAGAAUUGAAAAGACAUUGUCGAGCGCUCAGGCAAACUUAAUCCGUCAAAAAUGUCGCGGAAUAUCACUUUAUAAUGUUUGCCGUUUGAAUUAGCACAAAAGUGAAUCCGAUCAAUUCUAAAUUGUAAAAACUGCGUAUUCACGUUUUCGACAAAAGCUUUGCAAAUUAACAAUGUUCGAACGAACUGAAUCAUACAGUCCACUGUGGUCUUAAAUUUUUUUUUAACGCACCUUACGCUCGUAAAUUUGCAACGGUUUCAAACAAACACGAUUAUAUUCCGAAACCGUGUGAACAUUGUCCAAAUUAAAAUACGAAACGAAAAAAAAAGAGAUUAAAAAAAUCGUGGACAAAUAAAAAAUUUCGUGUCUACUCAGUUUUAUCGUUUGAUAUGCUUUUUUCUUUCUUAGGAAAAUAUUAAAUGUGUUCAACAAACGAUAAUUGGACGAAAUAAGAACUCACAUACAUAUACACAACAGUCGUUCGUUUAAUAUGCUUCCGUCGGAGGAAAAGAGAAGAACCUCUUCUACAUACUCUAAUACUCGAAUCAUCAUUUUCAAAUAUUAGAAAUAAUAAAUGUUAUCAAUGCGCAUACACACUUGUAUGUUAAUUAUAAUAUCUGCUCCAAACUUGAGAAGAAUUUCUUUCGCGAAACACAAAGAUUUUGCAAUAUCUUUUUACAGAAAACGAAGCAUUACGUAUGUCUCAUUAAAUAACAACAUUAUAUAUUUAUUAUACAUAUGUAUUUACUGUUGUAUGUUUAAUGUUUCAUCAAUUUCGUUAAUUAAGAUGCUCCUUAUAUAUAAUAUCAUAGAACACGUUAACAACAAUUCCAUACUCGAAAUUGUAUUGAUUGAUAUUUAUAUAUUCGAUUCGUUUAAUGAUACAUAGAUGUAUCGAGUGAUUUUAAUAUAAACGUUCAACACUCGUUUCCGUUGUCUUGCCAGAGACGUAUGAAUUGUAAGAGUAGAUUCGUAGAAUAAAAUAAAGCGUCAGAUUUUCAUCUCUACGGUAUAACGUACAAAAAAUAAAAUUGGACAUUUUGAAUCAA